UUGUAUCUAAUCGAACAUAUAUACUUUCAGGAAAAGUGAACUCGCUGUUUGGCGUAUGUGAAGCUCUGGUGCCCCUUAUUUAUGGACCAAUGUACAGCGCUGUAUACAAGGCCACGCUGAAGACGGUUCCUGGAGCGUUUUUCUUACUCGGUGGCGCAUUAACUGCUCCUGCAGCUCUCAUAUUUCUGUGGAUGUAUAAUGAACAUAAAAAGGAACGGAGAGAAAAAGAAGCAGAGAUCAGAGACGAAGAAAAGAAAUCUGAGGCGUUGAAGAAAAAAAAUAGUUUGGACUUCAGGAUAUCCUCGCACGACUUCGACUUGAAAACUAUAUUAGAUAGGCGGACACAGACUCACAGAGGUUCGGGACAAUUUUCAAGUCUAGGGUUGGACAACAUAGCAUUCCAGAUGGAAGAAGGAACUACCAAAGGCAAAUAAUCUUGACGAUUAACGAUAUAUGAUUGAGUAUUUUUUUAUUCCUAAUGUCAUGAAGUCACGACUUCGUUCAUUCGUUCGUGUGUAAUAUGUGUACAUAAGUUAAGACGUCCGUGAAAAUUAACUGUACAAUAACUCUGUUUCAAAAUCAGUAACUUAAUGUCCAUAUUAUGAUUUUUAAUUCUCGCCUAUAAGUUGGUAUCGUCAUGGUAGAAAACAAAAUAUCUUCGUAUAUACGUUUAAUUUUUGCCCGUGUCUGGAAAAUUCAGCGUUAGGUUGUGGUACAAUUUCAUUUGAAAAUAUGACCAUUGUUUUCCUAGAUGUGAAUUAGUGUAUUAUACUUGUAGUCAUAAAUAAAGUCACCUGCAGGCGUCUAAAUGACGACCCCACUGACCCAAAUCAAAAUGUUGUAGAAUAUAAUAAUAUAUAUACUGUUAAUAAUUAUUUAGUCAGGCGAGUUAUAUAAUGUUAUACACUUGUACUAUUUAUAGUAUAUUGUCUUAUAGACAUAAAAUACAGCUUUCCUAAUUUUUCCUGACUGACUUAAUAUCUAAAUUUUAAGUUACCCAUCUUUGUACAUGUAAAUAUACAUACAUAUAUAAAUAUUCACGCAUAUACAUAAUUUUACAUUAGAGUUAUGUUUCAUAAUGUAUUUUCACCUCGAGGUAUUAAAAAUAAUUGAACUAUAUUGGUUCGGUUAAACAACAUAGAUUUAAGACAAUUAAUAUAGUUUUGACCUUAUUAUUUUUUUUUUUGUUAAUAUUAAUUAUUAUGUAUAGAAACAUAAAUUUAUAUUAAUAAUUUAUCGUAUUCUGAGUUUUCCUAAUACCAUAUUUCAAAAACGAAAAGACCAGUAACCAAUACGGACUCUUCGAAGUACGAAUGUUACAUUAGUAGGUGGUUUAAUAGUUUAGUAACAACUCUUUACUGUAACUUAUAAGUUUAUUUAGUAUAAAAUACAUAGAAAAAAAUUACAGCUAUAGAAUAGUAAUUUGAAAAUUGUAUAGAUGAGUAUAUUAUUAUUAUAUUACCAGAAAUACUAAAAUUUAAUUUUGUUUAAUAAGAUAUAUACGUGAUGAUAAACAAACUUGUUGAUAUUAAAUUGAAAUCGUAGAUGAUUUAAAAACUCUCUAUUGAUUUUGUAAACGUUGGGAGGUGUAAUAUCCAUCGGGCAUCAUGGGCCAUCACUUCACUUAUAAAUCUUCUACUCGUACCUGCGAACCUGCAAUACCUCCAAGAAAUUAGUCACCAUAUUUUGUACUAUACCUAGAUACCUUAGAUACCUAUUUAACGAAAAAAACGUGUUAUGUAUUAUAACGUUUUUAUUUCUGCGAUUGAGUAAUUCAAUUUUAAACAAUAAUUUACCUGUAAACAUUUGUUAGUUUUUAAGAUUUUCAUUAAAUUAUAUUAUAAAUUUGUUGUUUUAAAUUAUCUACCUGAAAAAUAAAAAUUAUGUAUGAAGGCUCUCCUUUACUCACUAUACAAAUAUAGUUAUAUUCAAUAAAACAAUAUUGUGCUAUGCUUACACGGGAUAACUUGUAAAUUACUUUAUAAAUUCAUUUAAAUGUUUGAAAAAUAUAAAUCCUUUUAAUUGCCUAUUUAAAACUCAUCAAAAAAAAUAAAAAUUGGUGCUUGAUCAUUGUUUUUUUUUUAUUUAAUAUACAUUUAUAUAUAUAUGCAUUUCAAUAUGUGUAAUAUUUGAACAAUUGUCUGUACUUCGUCUCCUUAGACGAUAGUUAUAUAACUGUACACUUGUAAUAUGAAUUAUUAAUACUGAAUACAUUAAACUUUUUUUAUACA